UGGCCGACUGAGGGGCUUGGUUUCGCGGAGCCUCCUCUAGGCCAGCAGGGGAUCCGCCCACCCAUGAGUCAGAGGAUUUUGCGAGGUCUACUAGAAUGACAGCUCAAACCUGUCCACGUCAACACCAGAGAACCACUAUGGAGAUCGCGUCUUUGGAACCCUCGCUGUACACAGUGAAAGCGGUCUUCAUUCUGGAUAACGAUGGCGACAGACUUCUAUCAAAGUACUACGACACAGAGCUCUACCCCUCCAUGAAGGAGCAGAAGAACUUUGAAAAGAACGUUUUCAACAAGACACACAAAGCUGACACAGAUGAAAUUGCCUUCGUGGAGGGGAUGACGAUUGUGUAUAAGUGCAGCAUCGACCUAUUCUUCUACGUGGUGGGCAGUGCACAGGAGAAUGAGCUCAUGCUCAUGGCUGUGCUGAACUGUCUGUUUGAGUCCCUCAGUCAAAUCCUAAGGAAAAAUGUGGAGAGAAGGUGUCUAUUGGACAACAUGGACGGAGUCUUCUUGGUAGUGGACGAAAUUAUUGACGGGGGGGAUGGAGUUGGGAGUUACUGGUACACUAUCUUGUGUUCUCUUAAUGACCGCCCUUACCGUCGUGUUACCAGGGUGAUCUUGGAAAGCGACCCCCAACAGGUCAUCCAGAAGGUCAAUUACAGGGCGGAUGAGAACCCACUGUCAGAGCAGAGCGUGGCUCAGCACAUUACGGACAAAUUGGCUAUGACCUCCAAUAUAAUGCAGUCUGCCAAAGAACAAAUAAAGUGGUCAAUACUCAAAUGAUCUACACUGCCUGUCCAAAGGUCAAAGGUCUUACAGUAAUGGACAGUACGAAUUUAUGUGUAAAUAUUAAGGGGUGUAUUUAGCGUUUAUGCUUAAAUAGACUAUAUUUAUAGUAAUUAGUGGCAAAUACAGCGUUUUUCCUAUGACGGCAAGAAGACAUUUUAUAUUUAUUAUAUUGGAAAUAAUCUGUUUAAUUUAUUUGAUUUGCAAUAAAAAAAUCUGAAGAAUUAUGCUAGAUUAUAGCAUAUGAUUUUGUUAAUUUCCCUUAACCCACACAAAAUGCUCUGUAAAGAAUGUUUUAACCGAACCAAGAGAACUGAAUGUUGUUUUAAUGUGCGCAGGCCUACACAACUAGGGGAACUGUUGCUUAGGCUUCAAUGAUUAUGAAGUUAAGUUACAGAGAACUUUAAACAUGACGUUUUGAUAUACUACAUCUCAAAGCGUUGUAAGUUUAACAGAAAAAAAGGCAAUAGCCUGUGUAUUGUUACCGUAGUUCAGUUUCUAGUUGUUAGUUUUGUUGAUUUAUUUUGCCAUCUGUUUUCUCAUUCGAGUCUGCCUGUUGUCAAGCUAAUUAAACUAUAUUUUUUGUA